CUGUGGCUAAGUAAAUAAACCGAGUAAUCAAACUCAAACGCCUCAUUCGUUCAGCCUUUGUUCUGCUAAAACAUCAAGUUUUCUGUCUACAGGUAACUCAAAUUUACAAAGCUGCUACAGGCGACAUCUGCACCACCAGAACCGCUUGACAUCUCCAUCUCCUGCCUGGAUACCCCACUGUGGCCUGACUCAGAGGAGUCCCAUCACCUCCCCCCUCCUCCUCCUCUCCUGCUCCUCCUUAAUCUCCCAGAUUGUCGGCGACUUGCUGCAGUCCACGCUGCAGCCCUGAGCCGCUCGUGCGCCGGAACACCCGACCCCAUGAGACAGAUAGUAUGCUCGCAUUCGUGCUGGUGUCUGGGUCGCUCUGGAUCAUUUUAGAGCUGAGUUCCACCCUGAUGGAGAAGAUGCAGGCCCAGGAGAUGAUGAGUGGCCUGAGGAUACCAGAGAUGGAGGAGCUGGGACACUUCUUCCGCUCUCUGCCCACCUCCACACUGGUUGGCAUCGGGGCUUUAACCGCCGUGCUGACAUACUGGCUCGCCACCAGACCGCGCCCCAUCAAGCCUCCCUGCAGCCUGCUGCACCAAUCUGAAGAAGUGCCGCAUGAAGAUGGAGGUCGCAGAUCCAUGAUGGGAGAUCCCUCCAAGUUGCUGACUCAUUACCAUGACGAUGCCAGGACCAUGUACGAGGUCUUCCAGAGAGGCCUGCACAUAUCAGGUGAUGGACCCUGCUUAGGCUCCCGACAACCCAACCAGCCCUACAAAUGGAUGUCAUACAAAGAGGUGACGGCCCGGGCGGAGCACCUAGGUUCGGGCCUUUUGCACCAAGGCUGCCUGCCCAAUCCCAAUCAAUUCAUUGGAGUGUUUGCUCAGAACAGACCUGAGUGGAUUAUCUCCGAGCUGGCGUGCUACACUUACUCAAUGGUAGUGGUGCCCCUGUAUGACACACUUGGCGCCGACGCGAUAAGGUUCAUCAUCAACACCGCCGACAUCUCCACAGUCAUCUGUGACAAAAUCGAGAAAGCUCAGGUGCUUCUGGACAACGUGGAGCGGAAAGAGACCCCGGGCCUGCGAAGAAUCAUCCUGAUGGACGCGUUUGACCCUGCCCAGGUGGAGAAAAGCAAGGACUGCGGCGUCCAUGUACAGGCCAUGCAGGAAGUGGAGGCUCUGGGCAGAGAGCACCACAGAAAACCACUACCGCCAGCACCCGACGACCUGUCAAUUGUGUGUUUCACCAGCGGAACGACAGGAAAUCCAAAAGGAGUCAUGCUUACUCAUGGAAAUGUGGUGGCAGACUUUUCAGGAUUUCUCAAAGUGACAGAUAAAGUCAUUUUCCCCAACAAAGACGAUUGCCUCAUUUCCUUCCUCCCACUGGCACACAUGUUUGAGAGGCUCAUUGAGUCUGUGGUCUACUGUCAUGGCGGGCGGAUUGGGUUUUAUCAGGGGGAUAUUCGACUCCUGUCAGACGACAUGAAGGCCCUGCGACCGACCAUUUUCCCCGUGGUGCCUCGACUUCUCAACCGCAUGUAUGACAAGAUUUUCAGCCAGGCAAACACCCCAUUGAAGCGCUGGUUGCUCAACUUUGCUGCCAAGAGAAAAGGUGCUGAAGUCAGCAGUGGAGUCAUUCGCAGCAACAGCAUCUGGGACAAAAUAUUCUUCAGUAAGAUUCAGGCCAGCCUGGGAGGAAGAUUGAGGAUGAUAAUAACAGGAGCCGCUCCUACCUCACCCACUGUCCUGGGUUUCCUCAGAGCAGCUCUGGGAUGCCAGGUGUACGAGGCGUACGGUCAGACGGAGUGCACAGCCGGCUGCACCUAUACCACACCUGGAGACUGGACUCCAGGUCACGUUGGUGCUCCACUACCAUGCAAUCUCAUCAAACUGGUUGACGUCCCUGAGAAGAACUACUUUGCUUCUAAGGGAGAGGGAGAGGUUUGUGUGAAGGGACCGAAUGUGUUUAAGGGUUACCUCAAAGACCCGGAGAGGACGGCGGAGACGCUGGAUGCAGACGGCUGGCUUCAUACUGGAGACAUCGGCAAAUGGUUGCCUAAUGGUACGCUGAAGAUCAUUGAUAGGAAAAAGCACAUUUUUAAGUUGGCGCAGGGCGAAUACAUCUCCCCGGAGAAGAUCGAGAACAUCUACAUUAGGAGUGAACCUGUGGCUCAGCUCUAUGUUCAUGGAGAUAGUCUGCAGUCCUGUUUGGUGGGGAUUGUGGUUCCUGACCCUGAAAUCAUGCCUGAAUGGGCAAAGAAGAAAGGCAUUUUGGGGACCUAUAAGGACCUAUGUAAAAACACGGAGUUAAAGAAAGCAAUCCUUGAAGAUCUGGUUCGUCUGGGAAAAGCUAGCGGCCUCCACUCAUUUGAACAGGUUAAGAACAUCUACAUCCAUAACGAGAUGUUCUCCAUUCAGAACGGCCUCCUGACUCCCACGCUCAAGGCCAAGAGGCCGGAGCUGAAGGAGUUCUUCAAGCAGAAAAUCGACCAGCUCUACAGCAGCAUCUCCAUGUGAAAGCUCCAAGACCUCAUCUCCGUUACGCUACAAGAGAUCUGCUUUGACCAGUCGCCUGCAAACGUGCCUCAUGAGGCGAAACAUUCUGUGAAAGUAAACGACAAUAAAAGUAGUCCAAUCGUGGAAGAUUUAAAAUGGCUAAAGUGAAACAAAUGACACACUGUCAUAAAAAUAUGUUAAAAGGAUAGUUAUUUAAGUAUGUAAUAACACAUUUUCCUUAAGAAAUGGCAUGGCACUUAAAAAGCUAAAGCUGAAUUUAAUUGAAUUAAAUUCUUGCAUAUAAAUAAAAAAAAACGCUCCUCUGGUUUUAAUGAAUAAAUGCUUUCCUUUUUGAUUUUCAAAAUAAACUGCACUAUCCAAUUACUUCAAAAUAAAAGACUUUUUUUAACAGAUAUUCUCCUUUUUUAAAUCUCAAUUUAUGCAGUAAAUGUGAGGAAACUCUCUAUUUAGCCGUGCAUAAAUGCAUCCUGAAUCACAUUUCAUUUGUUUUUCAUUUAGGCAUCUUAAAUCUUCCUUUUAACUCUACCUGCUACGUUUAUCCAAUGGCAUCGUAGUUCAGUUCACAGAAAGCAGAAAAAAAUGAAAAAGUUGCCCUUCUGUUUUUCCUACAGCUUCUCUCUCCCAAUUUAAAGCAACAGUCAGUGACCAGGUGUGCUCUAGUUCCAGUUGUAUGGCAGCAAGUGUGAAGUUCUUGUGUGUAGAGUAGCUCUAGGAGGUCAAGAAAUGAAAUGCAUCAUUCCUGGUGGAAAACAACACCUUUUUCAAACUGGUUGCAGCUGUUGGGUUUGACCCCAAAUGUGAAAAAAUAAACAUAAAAGUUGCUUUCUGACAUCAAAAAUGACAUUGCUGAGAAAGUAGUAGCUUUUGCUGUCUGCACUGUUUGAUGUAGAGCCUCACCAUCUCCAAUUCACCACCACAUCACUCCGAACGUCGGAGAAAAUCCAUCACCAAAAUGUAGUGGUGAGUUAUUCAUCGUGCAUGCAUUUAGUUUAUGUAAAAGGACUGGCCCGAAUCAGCGAUCAUAUUCCUUUGCGAGUGGAGUCGCGUUUAGUUUUACUCAUCUUUUCAAUAAGAGAAUGUCAGGUUCAAAACUAAUGCAAAACCAGGGCUCAGGGCAAUGCAUGCAGUUUGUCCUGCAAUGCUGGGACCAUCGGCAUUUAACUUCAAUUUUAAAAAAAUGAACAAAAGUCUUGGAUGCCAUUAAAAGGAGCUGCAGCUCACAACCACAGGACAAUGUUUUCUCAUUGAAAGUAACAAACAUCAACUUUUAAACAAAAUACAGCUUUUUUUAAAGGACUUUACACAUAGGAGCAAUGUAUAAUGUUUUAAAGGUGAUCACCGUCCCAAAGCAUAAACAGUGUGGAUGUACAUAAAUGACAGCUAGAUGUAAGCUUAUUUAUUGAAUCAGCGAUUUGAAAUGAUUUUUUUUUCUUUUGCGUGUAGUAAGAUGAAUUGUACUUAUUUAUCUAUUCUGCUGUAAAAUGGAAUCGGCACCAUAUCCUUGUAAUGAGUGAUUACAGCAAAAGGGAUGAGGGAGGAUGAGGGAAUGAACUGGGCAGUGAAAUAAAUCUUCUGGAAUGAUUUUAAAA